AUGAAACACCUCAAGCCAAUAAACAUUAAAACAUCUAGAGCAAGAAAAGCACUCAGUGAUACGAGUUUCCAGAACAUAAGAAUAACAUUUGACUAUAGAUUUGUUGAUGGAGAAUUGGAUACUAAGUUGAAAUGUACUAAAAGCGAUCAAGUCAUAAAAUUAAAUGAUGAAUCUGUAUAUUGCACAGCUUACGAUAUUUUGACAAAGAACAAAAUUGAUAUUCUCAAAGAAACAUUGGAAAAUGUAAAAUCGUAUUUCAACAAACUUAUUUAUGUUGAACCUACAAUGGAAGAAUUCGAAAUCAAAAGUCAAGAUCAAUAUUUUCACUAUCCUGAAAAACAAGUUGCCAAAAAUACAGAUCUUUAUGUUACAGUUAUAGCCAUAUCACUUGGGAGAGAUUCAAUUAGUCCUGCAAUGGGAGCUGCUAUUGUAUUUGAUGAAUUUACACAAAGACCACUUCAAGGUUUACUUUUAAUUGAUACAAAGUCUAUUCCAGAUAUUCUUGAAGGACAAAAUACUAUUCCUAAAUAUGCAUUCAUGAGUUAUGUUCAUGAAUUUAUUCAUAUUUUAGGAUUUGGCGGGCGUUUAAUAGAAAAAUUCCAUCCAAUUGGAAAUUAUGAUCCAUAUCCUGCAAAUGAAUCAAUUUGCCAUUAUACAAAGCAUGGUGUUGAUUUCGUUGUUUUAACAACACCUUAUGCACAUAUUUUUGCAAAGAAUCAUUAUGGUGUUGAUGAAUUUGUCGGAGAUAAUGGGGAAAAGUGCAAAUCUGGUAUUCAUUUGGAGACAGGAGGGGACAGUGAUUUUAUCACGCUGCAGCAUUUAGAAGGAAGAUUAUUUGUCGAUGAUAUAAUGGUAUCUAUAAAUCUAGGACUUAGAGAACGCGAAAAUGAUAUUCCUGUUUUAUCGGAUUCAUUUCAGAGAGUGACAGAUGCGACAUUGGCUGUUUUACUAGAUACAGGAAACUACAAAGUCAAUUAUACAAUGGCAUCACCACUUGUUUGGGGAAAUCCGGAAUCAAUUGACGGGAAACCAAUUAAAGAUUUCGCUGACGGACCACCACAAUCAGUAUUACCGAGUCAUUAUUCAAUAGGAUUAUUUAAUAAUGAUGACUCAACGUUAUUCAAUUAUAAAGGUGCCGGUCUUGCUGUUUUACAUCCUGUGGGAGAGGCAAAAUGUGAUGAUGAGGCCCAAAUGGAUAAAAGAUUUUGUAGGGCAAAGAAUUUUUACAAUCCAGCUGAAUAUGAAUAUUAUGGUGGUAGUGAUAUUUUUGAUUACAUAAUGAUGGUUAGACCAGUUGUUAUGUGUCCGCCUGAUUUAGUUGCUAUACCAGGGGCACAUGAAUGUUAUCUUUACUCUUGUGAUGGAUAUAAUUCUGUAACAUUUCACGUCAAACUACCCAAUGGAUCGGCUGAACAAUUAACAUGUAGAAGUGAUAAAGAUGAACCAUUAAACUUCACUAAAAGUGAUGGAACAAAUGUCUCUGUCAAAUGUGUUAAUCCGGAGAUAUUUUGCAGGACUAUUAGGCUGACAGAGAUGAAAUUCAAGAAGAAUCCAUUUAUUGAUGGAGUUAUUCAUUUGGAUGAAAAAGAUCAGGGUAAAGGCCCAGAUAUUUACCCUGAUUUUAAAGAUACAAGAAGUACAGAUGAUCCAGAAAAUCAAGAAGAUGAUCCAAGUUUCUUCAAGAAACAUCAGAAAUAUUUCAUCAUUGGAUUUAUUGCACUCGGAAUAAUCAUUGUUGUUACAAUAAUUGUAAUUAUUCUUGUUCAUAGAAGAUCUCAUCUUGAGUCAUCAUCAGCUGGUCUUAAUGACCUACAAGAAGAUUAG